GCACUGAUUGGCAGCACUGAUAGGUGGCACUGAUUGGCAUUGAUAGGUGGCACUGAUUGGCAGCACUGAUAGGUGGCACUGAUUGGCAUUGAUAGGUGGCACUGACUGGCACUGAUGGGUGACAUUGAAAGGCAGCUCAGAUGGGCACUGAUAUGCGGCAUUGAUGUGCACUGGUAUGCACUGAUAUGUGGCACUGAUGGGCACUGACAGGUGGCAAUUCUGGGGCCACACUCAUCAUCAGGGCACACUGAUCAUCAGUGCCCUGAUGAUCAGUAGGAGAGCAAUGUGGAUAACUGGCAUUUCCGUGUUUACAUGUGAUCAGACACAGCUGAUCACAUGACC